AUGGAUAUCUUGAUCGUCGGCUCAGGCAUCGCUGGCCCAGCCCUAGCCUACUGGCUCUCCCUCAACCCCAAGCACACCAUCACCAUCCUAGAAAAGGCCGCCUCCCUCCAGCCCCACGGCCAGAAUGUCGACAUCCAAGGUAGCGCCGUAACCUGCAUCAAAAAGAUGGGCCUACUGCCACAAGUCCAGCAAUGCAACACCAAAGAACUCGGCACUCGAUUCAUCGACUCGCAAGGAACUCCCUUUGCCCCCUUCCCCAUCAAAGAAGGCGGCUCAGCAAGUCCAACAUCAGAAUACGAAAUCUUACGCGGCGACCUCGCAAAACUACUACACCAAGCAACAAAUUCCCAGUCCAACGUAACCUACCUCUUCAACACAACAGUCGCGCAAAUCCUCCAAAACGACUCUGCAUGCGUCAAAGUCCUCCUUAGCGAUGGCACAACACGCACCUAUGACCUACUCAUCGCAGCAGACGGUCAAUGGUCCAAAACACGCAGUCUGGUCUUCCCAGCCCAGGACGUAUCCAUCGAACACAAAGGCAUGUACGCCGCAUACUUCACCACCCCCCGCCUCCCUUCCGACGCACCCUGGUGGGACAUCUUCGUCGCAAAAGGUUCACGUACCGUUGCCACGCGACCAGAUCCCCACGGUACAACCCGUGCGAUGUUUACCUUCAUGCCGUCAACUCCUGCCCAGGAACUCGCCUGGGAGAAAGCGGGUAGGGCUGGGAGGAUGGCUCAGGAAAAGCUUGUUCGCGAGGGAUUUGCAGAUGCAGGGUGGGUUAGCAAGAGACUGCUUGAUGCCAUGGUUCAGGCGCCAGACUUCUACUUCCACGCUAUCAAUCAGGUCAAGAUGAAACGGUUCGGCUUGGAAAAGGACGGUCUUGCACGGCUUCGUGAGGCUGGUGUCGAUGGUUCUGAGAUGGGAGUGGGUCGGUCCGUGGCUUGGGGAUACGGAGAGUAG